AUGCUAGCUCUCCCGGAGCGGGUCAUUGUAGAUCACUGGCAGUCUAAACACAGAUAUAAGGAAGUUCCGGAAUCGAAAGGUACUUUGUCAUGGCCAGCACAAUUUGAGCAGAGAAAUGCGCUCUUUGGGGAGGUUCGGAUCCAGAAUUGGUUGGAGGACAUUGGCAUCCCAUAUGAUAUGAAACGGAGGGUGAAAAGUUCGAGAAAGAGCUAUCUUACAGCCAGUAAUGUAUCCCAGAGCCAAUUGGAGAAGGUGUACAGGUGGUCGUUCUAUAACUCUCACGUUGGGGACUCGAGUCGAGGGACCGGGUCUCUUGUUACACGCCAUAUUAACAAGCUUCUAAUGGGAGAAACAAGUAUUGCAUGCAGCAGUAGCAUCAAGAUAUCGGAAGAGUGGCUUGGAGAUACAAACCUCGGAGUUAAUGAAGUGGGCCCAUCUCAAAUGCUCAGUAAAGCCCUACUCCUCUACCUAGAGUACGCCAAUGAGGAACAUAUCACGCGUCAGAGCCCACAGAAUCCCCAGCCUCCUCUCUUUGAUCUCAGCGCUGACCAGACCGCAAGCGCAGGGCCAGCGCUAGAUCUACGCUUGUAUGAUUCGCACAACGCGCAUUCUUCUAGAGUUCUAAGCAUGGAGACGACCGUGUUGAAGCUUCUCGCAUUCCCCGGCAUUCAAAACACAAUCUCGGAGAUGGACGUAGAACGCCAAAUUGGCUCUAUUCUUACAGGAAUAUUCAACAUUCGAGGAUGCACGACAUAUUCGUCUACUGCUUUGAAGUAUCCUACGAUACUGGGUUGCUUUGGCUCCUACUCACGGCCCGACGUUGCUUGUCAGAUCUCGGUUGAACGACUACCAGGGAUCAAGUUUUGUCGUCCUCUUGUACUUGCAGGGGAGGCUAGAAGGCCACAAAAUCGUGUGCCUCAAAAAGAUGCUCCGUCAGGCAGUGCCACUCCGUCCGACGAGUCACCAGUAAGGUUACCGCGGCCAGCAUUAAAGCUUGCUUGGGCAUUUCAGCCCACACUGGAGUUGUUCAUCAUGGAUUUAAUAACCAGAUACGGAAAUCCGAGCGAAAAUACUUGGAAGAAAGAAUGGGAUCCACUGGCGAAUGCAGCGAUUCCCAGUCACAUGGUUGUGUUUGGCAUCGUAUACGACAAGAACGGUAUCGUCGUCUAUUCCUAUGCUCCCACCUACAGCGUUUCAAACGGCAAGGUGAAGUGGGGUUUCGAAUGUCGGCAAGUUUCCCCUGAACACGAGUAUUGCUUUAAUGGCGAGUACUCGGUUUACAAGCGAGCGCUACUUCUUCGAGCGUUACUUGCUAUCGUUGGUUGGAGUGAGCAGUUGGCAACAAAGUGGGCCCAUGAUCUAUCGCUCCCUGCGAUAGUAGCUGCUCUGGACGAGAAAUGGGAGUCGGUAGCCAUCUAA